AUGUGGCGCGCGGGCGCCGCAGCGCACAUCGAUUGCUGCUACCUGAGCCUCGGCCACGUGCGGCGCCGUCCGCCAGUCCCGGCGCGCUCGCCGGCCCGCCGCCCGCCGCGACCUGCAACAGCCACCCGCGUCCCCGUCCGCCGAGUGCCGUCCGCACGCACGACAUGUGACCCGCCCGCGCUCGCCCCGUCGCUCAUCAAUGGAUUGCCUGAGGUGACCUGUGCCCGGAUUCCGCCGCCGACGUCCCCGCCGGUUACGUACUUGUCUCCAUUCAACGUAAGGCUGUUCGUAUUGUCGACGAUCCUAAACUCGCAGAUGGUAUGGAGCCCCUUAGCCUAUGGGGAGACGUUGGCUCUCUGUGUGUGUUCUACCGUCUUUAUAAUCGAGAGUGCUCCGAGGAAUGGCUCUCUAUGUUUGUUCUUCCUGUGGGGAGUGCUCUGAGGAACUUUUGGAACUGGUGCCUUCGUCUCG